GCGAUAGCCCAACUGAACUCAGAUCUUCUGACAUGCCUUACAACUUCAGCUCUGGACAUUUUGGCUCCCAGUCUCUUGGAGGCUUCUUGAGGCCCUCAGUUUCCACCUAUAAUGCUGUCUACCCUAGCAAUGUAAUCAUCCCUCCGAAGACCUACCAACUGGGUUCCUCUGUCUAUGGUGGACAACAGGAGAGCUUUUCGGAGCCCAUCAACAGUCCCACUUCCUUUACUGGGACCAGAUUCGUCCAACCAUCCUUUGCUCGCCCCAGUAAUUUCAUCUCCUCCUUUUCUGACCAGACAAAUUACUUUGGAUCUGUUGGAUACGGCACUGUUGGCCUUGGGCCUUUUGGCCGUGGAAACACUGGCUUUCAGUCUCUGUGAAAAGGAUCUAGCUUCUACCGCCCAGAUUACUUUUCUACCAGAAGUUUCCGGUAAAUUGAUUUCAGCUCUAGCUUUUUUGAAUCAGCUUCCUGAAUAUUCCCUACAUUCUCAUACUCAGCCUUGCGUGACGGAAAUUUACCCUUUCAUAAGGCUAACAGAAUUUAAUUCUUACACCAUGACUUAAAUCUCUUCUGUUACUGUCACUUAAAAAUUCUGUCCUUAUUCUUCUUUCACUCACAUAUAUUUAAAUAAACUUUUUCUGUAGUAUGG